UAUUUACCGUUUUUAGUAUCUGUCGUUCGUUGACUUGUUAAUGUCAACCGAUUUGAAGAAGAGUCGAAUAAUUAAACCGAGAUGUAGCCUCUAUGAGGCAAUUAAGCUUAGAUCUUUAAAAAAUGACAGAUCGUUUGGAAGAAGAUUUAGAGUGCCUUCAAAACAUAUUCUAUCAUUAUUCACAAGCGUCAAUAAUCAUAUCUAUCAGUUUGUAUUUCCAGACAGCGAAUUUUGCACACCUUUUUACUGCGACUUUGCCAAUUCAGCUUAUGAUGGUCAUUUAGUAGCGAUUGGGGAUGAAGAAGGUCGUGUGUCUCUAUUGAGAACAGAUAAAGACAACAGUAUCAACAACUCGCAAUUUCAUCACUCAUUUUAUUGUCAUAAACAUGCAAUAUCUGAUGUCAAAUGGAGUGCAGACGACAGCCUAUUACUCACUGCUUCUCAUGAUCGGCUUGUUCGCCUUUGGGAUACUGAGACACGAUCAAGUUUAGCUGAUUUUGCAGGACAUGAUGAUAUCAUCAAAUCUGUCAAUUGGCAUCCUACAAAUCAACACUUGAUCAUCACUGGAUCAAAGGACGGGUCUUUUCGUAUUUGGGAUACAAGGUUUAAUCAAAAGCCAGGGACAGACUCAGGAGGCUUUACAGCGGAUUCACCUGAUAUACCGAUCUACAGUCCCAUCAAAACCACCAUGAAUGCUCAUGAUAUCAAUCAAGGCUCACGGUCAACAAAAAAGUCAGGAUUAAAACCUCUUGUUAUCAGAUCAGUGACAAGUGCCAUCUUUAUAAACAACCAUGAAGAAAAAGUGAUCACUUCAGGAAGCGUUGAUGGUACGAUUAAAUUAUGGGAUGUGAGGGCAGGCAGAAGUUCACAAGUCUUGGAAUCAACAGAAUUCAAAAAUGAAGCAGGAAAAAGACAUGGUAUUACGGAUUUAAAAGUAGACAGCAGUGGGACAAGAUUGUUUAGUUCCUGCAUGGAUAAUAGCAUAUAUAUGCAUUACCUAACGGAUUUAACAAAGCCAGCAAUCAAAUAUACAGACGAGGAAUUUAAAUUGGGAAGUUUUGAUAUUAGGAUAUCCAUAUCUCCUGACGAUCAGUUCAUCAUGGCUGGCUCAUAUGAUAAAGAUAUUUUUGUAUGGGAAAUAGAUGGAAAUCAGAAAAAGGCCCACAAGUUUGAAGGGCAUACGAGAAAAGUAACCGGAGUUGCGUGGAAUAAAUAUUCGAUGAAACAGUUUGUUAGCUGUUCUGAAGAUUUUACAGCCAGAAUAUGGAAUUUAGACUAUUCUCUAACUGAAUAAUAUUUAUUGUAGAUAACAUAUACCCCUCUCUCUUCUCUUUCCUGCUGUCCUUUAUGUAAAAAAGAAAAUAAAAUAUGUAUAAACAACUCUCUCUUUAUCUAUUUCAAAAGUGGGCUAAACUGCAAAGCUGAGGACUUGUAGCUCGACAUGUCAGUCUUGUAUUACUACGGUGUUUAAAUUAACAUGGC